AUGGAUAAUGCUCUGCCGCUGGAAGCGGAGCUGGAGCACCAGUGGCUGCCCAACGCCUCCCUGAACGAGUCCUUCGUGAACCAGUUCGUGCAGCCCCCGUGGCAGGUGGCCCUUUGGGCUGUCGCCUACGCCCUCAUCGUGGUGGUGUCGGUGGUGGGGAACGUGGUGGUGAUGUGGAUCAUCCUGGCUCACAAGAGGAUGCGCACCGUCACCAACUACUUCUUGGUGAACCUGGCUUUCGCCGAAGCCUCCAUGUCCGCCUUCAACACGGUGGUGAACUUCACCUACGCCAUCCACAACGAGUGGUACUACGGGCUGCUCUACUGCAAGUUUCAUAACUUCUUCCCCAUCGCCGCCGUCUUCGCCAGCAUCUACUCCAUGACGGCCAUCGCCCUGGACAGGUACAUGGCUAUCAUCCACCCGCUGCAACCCCGGCUCUCGGCCACCGCCACCAAGGUGGUCAUCGGCAUCAUCUGGCUCCUGGCGUUCCUGCUGGCUUUCCCCCAGGGUUACUACUCGGUGACAGAGGAGCUGCCGGGGCGGCUGGUGUGUCUGGUGGAGUGGCCGGAGCACAGCACCAACGUGUACGGAAAAACGUAUCACUUCUGCAUGACCAUCCUGAUCUACUUCUUGCCGCUUCUGGUGAUAGGAUGCGCCUACACCGUGGUCGGCAUCACCCUCUGGGCGAGCGAGAUACCCGGCGACUCCUCCGACCGCUACCACGAGCAGGUCUCAGCUAAGCGGAAGGUAGUGAAGAUGAUGAUCAUCGUGGUAUGCACGUUCGCGCUGUGCUGGCUGCCCUACCACAUCUACUUCACCCUGCAGUAUUUUAACCCCGAGUGGUACCUGCAGAAGUUCAUCCAGCAGGUCUACCUGGCUAUCAUGUGGCUGGCCAUGAGCUCCACCAUGUACAACCCCAUCAUCUACUGCUGCCUCAACGACAGAUUUCGCGUGGGGUUCAAACAUGCAUUUCGGUGGUGCCCGUUCGUCAGCGCCGGUGAGUACGAGGGCCUGGAAAUGAAGUCAGCCAGGUACCUGCAGACACAGAGCAGCAUGUACAAGGUCAGCCGGAUAGAGACCACCGUGUCCUCAGCGGUUGGCGCGGCCGAAGAGGAGCUGGAGGAGAGCAGCAAGGCCAAGCGUCUCUCCGUAGACAUGACCUCCAAUGGCUCCUCCCGCAGCGACUCCAAAACGGUCUCUGAAAGCUUCAGCUUCUACUCCAACACGCUCACCUAA